CGCCUCAUAUAGCCAUGUUCUACCAGGAAGCGGAUGUGUGAGCGGGAGUAGCGCAGAGGCUGAGAGCAGCCAAGUCAUAACCGGGGAUAGAGAGCAGAAGCCGGGCUGAGCCGCCUUUAUUUCCUCGCUUUCUCAUGAUAGGAUGCAACAUGGCGGCAGCAAUGGAGACUGAACAAGUUGGGGUAGAAAUAUUUGAGUCUGCAAGAAGCCAUGGAAGCUCAGAGUCCUCUGGGGGGGACCCAAAACCAGAGCCUUUCUUUGUGGAGCGCCAUUCCUGGAGCCAGAUGCGCAAACUGCUGGCAGACACUAGGAAGUACCAUGGGUACAUGAUGGCAAAGGCACCUCAUAGCUUCACAUUUGUUAAGAGGAAUGAUCCUGAGAGUCCUCAUUCUGAUCGCAUGUACUACCUGGCAAUGUCUGGAGAAAACCGGGAGAAUACCCUUUUCUACUCAGAAAUUCCAAAGAACAUCAACAGGGGAGCUGUUCUUAUGCUGUCUUGGAAACCUCUUCUUGACACUUUCCAGGCCACCCCAGAUUAUGGCAUGUAUUCCCGUGAGGAAGAGCUGCUACGAGAGAGAAAGCGCAUUGGUACUGUGGGAAUAUCUGCCUUUGACUACCAUGCAGAGAGUGGAACCUUCUUGUUUCAGGCUGGAAGUGCCAUUUAUACUGUUCGAGAUGGUGGUUCCCGUGGUUUUACUAAACAGCCACUGCAGCCUCAGUUAUUGGAAACCAGUUGCCCAAACAUCCGCAUGGAUCCCACCAUUUGUCCUGGAGACCCCAGUUGGAUGGCCUUUGUUCACAGCAAUGACCUUUGGAUUGGCAACGUGGAGACUGGUGAAGAGCGCAGGUUGACAUUUGUCCACAAAGAUUUGGCUGGUGUUGAGGAGGAUGCCCAUUCUGCUGGUGUUGCAACUUUUGUGCUUCAGGAGGAAUUUGAUCGCUACACUGGUUACUGGUGGUGUCCACAUAAUGAAAAAACUGCAUCAGGCGGUCAGAUCUUGCGCAUCCUCUAUGAGGAGAAUGAUGAAUCAGAAGUAGAAAUCAUCCAUGUCACAUCACCUAUGCUGGAGACUCGCAGAACAGACUCCUUCCGUUAUCCAAAGGCAGGCACUGCAAACCCAAAAGUGACAUUCAAGCUGUCUGAGAUCAUUGUAGAUGCUGAGGGCAGGAUCCUAGAUGUGCUAGAUAAGGAACUUCGACAACCAUUUGAGAUAAUGUUUGGAGGGACUGAGUACAUAGCCAGAGCUGGAUGGACCCCUGAUGGGAAAUAUGCCUGGGCUAUUCUGCUUGAUCGACUGCAGACCCGACUACAGAUUGUCCUUAUCCCUCCUGCAUUGUUUGUCUGUCCCCACAAAGACCCUCCAGAGUGCCACUGGAUUUCAAAUUCACCGUCUGACUCUGUGACACCUCUUGUGAUAUACGAAGAGACAACAGACAUCUGGAUAAAUAUACAUGACAUCCUACACUUUUUUCCCCAAACCCGAGAUGAUGAAAUCCAGUUCCUCUUCGCCUCAGAGUGCAAGACAGGAUUCCGCCACCUUUACCGAAUAACCAGCAUGUUGAGAACAGGUGGCAACAGUAAGGGGAGCGCUGAUCUGCUUGGGCUCACUGAUUUCCGGUGCCACAUAAAGGAAGAGGUAGCUGUUACAAGCGGAGAAUGGGAGGUUCUUGGACGGCAUGGAUCAACUAUACGAGUGGAUGAGGUCAACAAGCUGGUGUAUUUUGAAGGCACAAAGGACACUCCACUAGAGCACCAUUUAUAUGUUGCAAAUUAUGAGACACCUGGAGAAGUGACAAGACUGACAGAUCUAGGGUUCUCUCAUGCUUGCUGUGUUAGUCAGCACUGCGACAUGUUCAUCAGCAGAUACAGCAGCCAGACUCUCCCACACUCUGUGCAUCUAUUCCAUUUGACAGGGUCUGGUUCAGAUCCCACACAGAAGGACAAGGAAUUCUGGGCAACCCUUCUCGAAUCACCAGGAACACUACCUGGAUACAUUGCCCCAGAAAUAUUCUCCUUUCCUAGUCGGACAGGGUUUACCUUGUAUGGGAUGAUGUACCGACCUCAUCAACUACAACCAGGGAAGAAGUACCCAACUGUACUAUUCAUUUAUGGGGGCCCACAGGUGCAACUGGUUAACAAUCGAUUUAAGGGAGUGAAAUAUUUCCGACUUAACACUUUGGCAUCAUUGGGUUAUGUGGUGGUGGUCAUCGAUAACCGGGGUUCUUGUCAUCGUGGGCUAAAGUUCGAAGGAGCCUUCAAAUACAAGAUGGGUCAGGUGGAGAUCGAUGAUCAAGUGGAGGGUUUGCAGUAUCUUGCUGCCAAACACAGCUUUAUAGAUUUGGAUCGAGUUGGUGUGCAUGGAUGGUCAUAUGGAGGGUAUUUAUCUCUCAUGGCCCUAAUACAAAGACCUGAUAUAUUUAGGGUGGCUAUUGCAGGAGCUCCUGUUACCCUCUGGAUUUUCUAUGACACAGGAUACACAGAGAGGUACAUGGGUCAUCCAGACCAGAAUGAGCAUGGCUACUAUCUGGGCUCAGUGGCGAUGCAGGCUGAGAAGUUUCCAUCAGAGCCCAACCGUCUGCUGCUUUUACAUGGCUUUCUAGAUGAGAAUGUUCACUUUGCACACACAAGUAUCCUUCUCAGCUUCUUAGUACGUAGUGGAAAACCAUAUGAUCUUCAGAUAUACCCACAAGAGCGUCACAGUAUCCGUGUACCUGAAUCAGGAGAGCAUUAUGAACUCCACCUCCUGUAUUAUCUGCAGGAAAAUCUGGGCUCUCAUAUAGCAGUCACCAAAUCUUUGAAUGAAUUUUCACUCUAAAUUAAGAUCUGUCAGAGGGGCUGCAGUGUUAGGAUUCAUUGUAGGCCUUCUGGUAUCUUCUAUUGGAACACCACCAGCAAUACCCUCUUUGGCAAUGGAGGGACAUCUAGACCACUGAAUCUGCUCUGCAGCCUCUCUUCCAGGUAUCUGUAAACAUGCAUAUCAUGAUUCUGGAACUAAGCUGCUGCCUUUCCUGGUGCAGAAGAAAUGAAAUACAGAUAUUGCAGCAACUCGCAUCCAGUGAAAUCAUCCUGUACUUUCCACCCUGAACUCUGAAGUCAUCCUCCAUAGGGUCUUAUUACUGCUGCUGUAUUCAAGCAUCUGUCUGUCUUGGUGAGAAAUGCAGAACAUCUCACCCCAUAUUGUGGACCUCAAAAGUGAUGGCUCUGUCUUUCCACGUGACCUCUAAUGACAGAAUCAAGUCCUUGGUAGCACGCAAUGAAUUCAAACAAGCAAUUUCUGAAUUGAGCUGCUGACUGGUGUACACUUAAAUUAUUUCGGACAUUGUUCAUACGUUGUCGGCAAACACCUGUAGUUAAAAGAAUAUUUGUGAAUUUGUUUCUGCCUUAUGCCAUUCCUGCUUUAGUCAGUGGUUUGACACGCAGGGCAAUAUUCAUGGAUCAUUUUGCCCACCGUUUGGGACUUAUGUUCUUUACAAUUUCACCAUUUGUUGAUUGGGGAUAUAUGUCAAAGCCAUCAAUUGUUUUAAAAAGAACCUGUCCUCAUUUUCCAGAUUUUUAUUUUAGUCAUCCAAUGUUAAUCUAUACAUCUUGCCACUGUUUUUCACACUGACAAUUUAAAGGUGCCAUAUUCUGCGCUGUUUGAAAAUAGAGAUGCUUUAGUCUUUAAAAAAAAAUAGAAAAAACAAUUUUAUCCUGUC